CAAAUUUGAAAUUUUCUUCUUUAAUAAAGUUUAAAUUGCACUUUGGCUAUACACUCUUGUGAAGGGCCAAUUUCAUGGCACUAUAUAAGACUUGUACCAAUCAAUUCUUGUGUCAAACACACACUCAAAUCAUAAUUCCUAAAUUUUUCCUAAGCAUUAAGCCAUGGCCAAUACUACAAGUGAUGGAGAUGCAAUUUUGUUUACCGAAGAACAAGAAGCUUUGGUAUUAAAGUCGUGGAACUUGAUGAAGAAGGAUUCUGGUGAAUGGGCGCUCAAGUUUUUUCUCAAGAUAUUUGAAAUAGCACCAUCUGCUCAAAAUUUGUUCUCAUUUUUAAAAGACUCAACUGUUCCACUUGCCCAGAAUCCUAAGCUUAAAGCACAUGCCAAGACUGUGCUUGUCAUGACAUGUGAAGCUGCCGUUCAACUCCGAACAGCAGGGAAAGUUGUGGUUAGGGAUUCAACUCUGAAAAAACUUGGUGCCGUACACGUUAAAUCUGGCGUCGUGAAUGAACACUUUGAGGUUGUGAAAUUUUCAUUAUUGGAGACAAUAAAGGAAGCAAGUGGAGAAAUGUGGUCAGAAGAGAUGAAGGGGGCAUGGAGUGUGGCCUAUGAUCAUUUAGUUGCAGCUAUCAAGAAUGAAAUGAAGCCUUAAAAAUGAUUUUCUCAAUUUCCAUAAUUUAUCUUUUUUUUUUUUUAUCUAUUUUCAAGAAAAAUAAUAUAAUAUAUAUAGUUAAAGUUGUGCGUAACAAGUAUUAGUGUUGAAUAUAUAGUUUGAGAGAAAUGCUAUGGAGCCAAUGGUUGGUUCCUUUAUGGAGUCAACCACCAAUGUUAUAGUGUCACGUAGGUCAUGUGAAAAAAUAAUUAACUGCACAUGGCCUACGUGGCACUAUAACAUUGAUGGUUGGCUCCAUAGCAUUUCUCGUUUGUUUGAAUACUCAGUUUACCUCUUAUUUCAACUUUUUAUUAUGUUAUUAUAAACUAUGAUUCAAUUUUCCUUAUAGAUUCAACACCACUCGAUUACACACACUUGUGGGUGUGUGAUUACGAAUUCAGCACUACUCAUAUUAGUCUACGACUACGAAUUCGAUAUUAUAAAGUAUGAUUCAAUUCUCCUUAUGGACUUCAGCACUACUCAUAUUAUUCUACGAUUACGAAUUCGAAAAGUUAAAUUUUUGUAAUCCUAAAUAGGAUGAUGAUAGUAAUCCAUAUUAUUCUACAGUUACUAUUGUAUAUGAUGUUCUUCACAUCAGCUCCUCACAUACUCGAUUUCCAGUAACCUGUCAACCUGUAAACUAUUGUGAAGUGUCAUUAGAGAAGAAUCUCCAGAAGAGCGUUUUAAUAUAACCAAAGUUAUUUUUUUCAGUAGGUCCUGCUGCAGAUAUAAGUAAACUCGUUAUAUUCGAGGAUUUAUUAUGAUAAAGAUGGUAAAAGAAUAUUUCCCUAGUUCGACAAACAUUCCCUUAGAUCGACGACACUCGUCAAAUUGGUAUUCAAGUUAGAUCGACAUUGAGGCUUGCUCCCUUCAAUAUUGCUGAUAUGACCUCCGAGAUGUGUGUAUCGGCUUAUAGCCUCUUGAGUCACCUCGCACUAUCCAUACGACAUAAGCUCGAACUAUGAUCUAAACAGUUCACCGAGCUAUUCCUUGGAGCAUAUUAAUAAUAUAUAUGUGCGUGUAUUUAAU